AUGGCGCAAAACCCCCUAAGCUAUCCGUUUCCAUACUCUCAGGCGGCACAGCUGGAUUCUAGGAUUAAAAUUCCACGACCAGCUAUCGAUCCCACACUAGCGCCCGUCGCCGAUUCGUUUCUUCUCCCCGAGGAGAUAGAUCUCCAACUAAUGCGUGGUAUCACUACCGUUGGGGAAGAGUGCAAUAAUCCUGCAGAUACUAUUAUAACAAACGCAGUGCAUAUGAAGCAUACCGAGUAUCACACUCUUGGUUCUAAUGGCAAUAAUGUGACACUUUCUAUCUUUACGCCGAAGAAUCCAACUUCGAAUGUUCUGCCAGCCUUAUACCAUAUACACGGAGGAGGGAUGGUUGCAGGUGAUCGCUUUUCUGGAGUUGCCGAGCUGCUGGACAUCAUCAAAGGUAUCGAGUGUGUCAUCAUAUCUGUCGAGUAUCGCCUUGCUCCGGAGACCCAAGCUCCAGGAGCAGCAGAAGAUUGUUACGCUGGGCUCAUCUGGACAUCUGAGAACGCGAUCGCCAUUGGUAUUGACCCGGCUAAGAUUGUUACCUGGGGUGUUUCCGGCGGAGCAGCCCUAGCAGCCGCCAUAUGCCUGAUGGCUAGGGAUAGAAAGCUUCCCGCGAUUCCCAUGAAAGGCCAGAUGCUUCUAUCUCCCAUGCUGGAUGAUCGUUGUGACAGUAUCUCGGACCAACAAUUUGAAUAUGGUAGUCCUUGGUGCGGUAUCACAAAUCGCAUGGCAUGGGACUAUGUUAUUGGGGAAGACAGGGGUAGCAACAAAGUAUCGCAGUAUCAGUCGCCGUCUCGAGCAGAAGACUUGUCAAACCUCCCAUGCACUUACAUCGACGCCGCAGAGUGCGAAGUAUUUCGCGAUCCUGCCGUGUCCUUUGCCACCAAUAUGUGGCGCUGUGGUUCAACUUGUGAAUUGCACAUCUGGCCAGGGGCUUUCCAUUUGUUUGACGGAAUAGAUAACCCCAAUGUGCCACUUAUUCACGCUGCAGUCUCUGCGAAAAGAACUUGGAUGGAACGAAUCUUGCUCUGCUAG